UUGGUGACACGCCCACUCUCAGAAGAGGGAGGAGGCUCAGUAAUGGCUUCAGAUGCUGAACUGAAUACAGUCUCUCCCAAGCCCUCAGGCGAUGGCCGUGGGCCAAUUUCCCACCAGUCACUCACUUACUUACCGGAUGAAGGCAUCCUGGUCCUGACAGAUGCUAAAGGAGCAGCACAUUUCUACGACUCUACACUAGAAACACUAUUGGGAUCACUAGAUAGUCCAGUUUCUUCAGAUCCCAUUCUUUCCUCUCUCGUCUCCUCCUCUGGUAAGCUCCUCCUUGCUCGUGGCUCUUGUCUCUCUGCCAGAGGGUCGGUUACUAAGGGAAGGUUCCUCUUAGAUACAGCGUUCCAGUCGAUACCCAAUGACGGAAAGGAAACCAUUAGCAUUGAGAUAUUGCCGGAAGACGUUCGAUUAUUGCUGCACGAGAUUAAUACAUCGGCUGUUAUUCCAGCUGGUCUCUCAGGCCUAGUUAAAGAUAUUGCUAAAACACUUCAGACAUUUAUAGAUGAAUCAGUGGACAGAACCAAUAUCAGUAGUUUCGCCACACCCCCUUCAGCAAAAAAGUGGCGUUACUGUAUCAUUAAGGGACCUCUUGACGACUUGUUGGAUCUCUUUAAGAAACUCUGUACUCCGUAUCAACCGAGCAAGAGUGGAGCGAAACCUGAAGCAGGUGUAACACUCUCUCCUGUAGUACCAGUACUAUCUGCAAUUAGAUUCAGGCUGCUAUUGCUUAAUCGUAGUUUCUCAGCUCGCCUCAUUCAACUGGAGGGAGGAAGGGAGAAGUUAGGAAGUGGUGACAUGUCACUGAUGUAUUCUGAGGGAAUGAGAAGACUAGCCUACAGCAGCUGGCCACACAAAAACUACAUUUGGGCUGAACCAAACAAAAUGGCUGAGGCAGGACUAUAUCCUUUGCUUAAUGCCAGUGCUACUGUCAGUAGUCUUGCUCAUUCUAAAGGAGACAGGACCACCUGCUUUACUUGUGGUAUGUACGUUCACAGGUGGCUCUCUUCUGACGAGCCUUGGUCGGAGCACACGAGACAUUCUCAGAAUUGCCCUUAUGUUAAAGGAGAGUACACGGUCAACGUUACUGCAAGAUAUACUCAGGCUACACAUCCUGCUGUUUGUGUUUCUUCUCCAAUUCAUUUGAUAUCACCCUCUCUCAACACCACACUUGUUGCUACGGUGACACUCGACGGCAACAUUCAGGUGUGGCAAACAAAGCACGGACUAUUUCUACAGGAAUAUGGUAUCAUUAAUCUACAACAAGAACUACUCAAUAAAACAAGCCACUCUCCUCCGUCCAUUAGAAAGAGAGACAAGAAGACCACGCCCACAAAGACCCUCCUCUCAGACCACGCCUCUAAAGUAAUUCGUAUCACAUCACUCUGCAUGGUGGCAAUGGAGGCACAGGGUCGUGCCUCGGCUGGUACCCAGUCUACACCCUCGCUCAUAAUCGGCUGUAUUGUGGAGAAUAAAAAAGGAAAGGAGGAUUCUUGUAUACUAGUUUAUAGUGUAGUUGAAUCAACCGAGUCUACUAGUAUCAAUAGCAGUGUGUCUCAGGGAUCAGUUCACACUACAGCUCCUCCUCCUCCUACGGGAUUACUAGAGGGUGUUCCCAAGCUGCCAGACAAUGAUCUGUUUGAGUUGAUAAUGGAGGAGCUUGGGGAUGAUCCUUUGGUGGCCUCUUCUUUUGAGGGCAGUAAGCUUUACUUGUCUGAGAUGCUUAAUGGAGACGGAGAAGGAAAGAAAGGAGAAUCCUUUUGUCUUUGUGAUGUGUUCUUGUUAGGCAGUUGUUGUACUACAUCCACUGAUAGUUCUUCAGUCUUGAGUACUAACGAAACCACACCUACCAGCAAAGCUACACCCAUCAUUACUAGCAUCAUUCCGCUACCAUAUGAUGACUUAAUAGCAGUAGUACUGUCUCCGGGAAAUACCCGAGAAGAGGCGGAGCCUGUUGCCACUGGUAACCAUGGCUCGUUGUUACUCUAUCGUCUUUUUGAGUCAGAUAAUGGAAGUACGAGUUUUAAAAUUGAUCAUUGCGUUAAGAAGAUCACGUUUGAUUCGAGAGAUGACGUCAUUGUAUCGCUAUCAGGAUUCAGAUCAGGAAUCAACGAGUCGUUACUAGCUACAGUCAGUCUGUGUGGAGCCCUAAAGGUAUUUAAUGUGAAGGAAGGACUGAAGGAGGUUAUGGUAUACACUGAUGGGCCAGUGACUGGCUGUGUGUACUGUAAAGGACUGGAUAAACUAGCCAUUACUAGUCCUGAUGGGUCAGUCUCUUAUAUUGGCAUUGAGACUAUUGUUAAGGACAGAGAGGAAGGUACCAUUGAAAGAUUAAGCACUGGUCCUAUGCUUACUGAUGAGGAUCUAGGUUUAUUAAAGGAUUUAGCAUUCACUACUGAGUCUAAUGGACUCCCAUUUAUUGGUUUCUCUCACAACUGCUGGACUGAACUUCAUCCACUUCAGUAUUACCAGUACAACCCAAGACACAUGCUACAGAAACAGGAGCGGUCCUCUUUGGUUAAUGGCAGUGAAUUAUUCAACACUAAAAUAUGGAAAUAUCAACCUGAGCUGGACAAUGGAGAAUCCUUCAGUCACACAUUUCAGAUCAAGUUUUCAUCAGAAGAGAUUCCGUCCAUCAGUUCGUUGAGGAUCAAAAUCAACGUAGCAUCCCCAGCUUGUAUCUCAGACCAGGCCACUCUCAGCCUCUCUGUCCUUCGGAUCCCCUCGUGUGACCAAUAUCGAAAUUCUCCCGCCGGGUCUGAAGAUCAGACUCGGUUUUUGACCCUCUGUGGCCCAAUAUUUAUAAAGCCGUAUAUUGAUGUGACUGACCUCUCUCUCACCGUCUCUCUCUCCCACCCUCUCCUCUUAUCUUCUCAUCAGUCAACUUUACUCUUGUCAUUUGAGGAUCUCUUUCCUCUUAAUUACUCUAGUCUUACAAAAGAAAUGGCCGACAGCGAGUCGGCCGUCACCAGCGACCAGAAAACUUAUCCUUCUCGGCGGUACGUGGGGCGGGGAGGAUCAGUGAGGUCUAGGCUGUCACGCAGGGCCCAACAACCCGUCAAACCAGUUUCUGUCGUUCACACUGUUUUCUGUCUCACUCUAUUUCCGUAUAAGGGUCGUCCCUCUCUCCCCUCUCUCCUCCCUCUAGUGUUUAGUGAAGAAACCAUUCAAAGACUACUCGUUACUGUGUGUGGGCGUGACACAGGAGAAGGUGGAGCUUUGGGGCAUGUCUCCAAUGAGACUGUGUUCAAUGCAUUGGAUAUCUUAUGCUGGAUAACUUCAAUUGCUAGUGUUGAUUAUGAAAGGUCGUUUUUCAAGACUAUCAUUGUCCUUAGUUCACAGCUGUUAGAGCCGAUACUUAAGUAUUGCUAUGUUACUGCUGGGUCCAGACUCCUGGCUCAUAAGUGUGCCCAAUUUAUCUCAAUACUCUCAAGGAGUGAUGGAGAUGAUACUAGUACUUCUCAAAGAGACUCAUUUUUAUCAUCUUUAUCAGACUCAUUCAUCAGUCUCUCUCCUUCUCUCCCUCUCGUCUCCUCCUCCUAUUCUCUCCAGUGGUUUUUACGGCAGCUCUGUCAUUAUGUUCCGCCUCAUUUGAUUGGUCGGAUUGGUCCUGUGCUCCUUGAACAGCUGGUUGGAUUGUCGCACGAGAGACUCUUACGAGAUUCAUCAUUCACACAGUUACUCCAGACACAUUUCAAUCAAGAUGGCAGUAUAUUUGAUUCUGAAUUAUUUGACGUGUCUAUCUCUAGUUCUAAAUUACUACCCCGUCCACCCCUUCCCUCCUCCUCCUCCUCUUCUGUCCCUUUCACUGGUUCUUACACUGAAUACAUAGACUAUAUAUCUAAUCCAGACUAUUCUCCUGACUCUAAAGAAACCACGCCCACCAGCCAAACCCCCAAAACCCCUACACUAUACAACCCUGAAUUUCUUUUAUUGCUACACGGCGAAACGAAGGACUCCAGUUCUGGCGAUAAAAAGGAGUCUGCUAGUCCUUUUAGAGAUGGUUCGUACCUCCUCUCAUUUCAGAGAGGGUUACUAGAGACACUGCCAUUAAAGUAUACUUGCUGCUCAUUGUCUGCCGGUGUUAUAGUACGACCUCCCGUUGACUCUACUAAAAAUAAUGAUAAUAAACUCGAUCCUUUGCUAACAGCAUAUCUCAACAUUCACCAGCCACUAAAUCACUACGGCUACCUUUAUCCUCAUAAAAUGCAAGACCACGCCCUCCAAAACUUGACUCCGCCCACCUCUCGUACCCCAGACCCUGUUUCUAGUUCGUCUUCUCUUUCAAAGUUAUUGUCUCGUGUUCCCGAGAGUCCUGACGAGUUAUCUGUGUCCAUUGAUAAUAUUAAACCGGGUACCUCUCAUUCCAUCGUCAUUGAUUUCUCAGAGAUCAUUCGUCUCACUGAUUUCUCAAUACAAUCAAAUCACUUGCUGUCCUCCGUGUCAGUUUGUGGCUGGCCUUCUCAAGAGGAAUCGGAAUCAAUCAAACUCGUACAAUCAACAGAACUCGCCUCUCGUAUGGUUGCCAUUGGUAACCUGGCCCCACCCCCUUUAGUCCGCUACAUUCGUUUGACAUUUGUGAGUGUCAUCACCACUUCAAGUGAGAGGUGUGUGAUAUCGCUCGGUCAAUAUUAUGGAAAGCCACUUCUUCCCGUUCAAGGCUAUAGCCCAUCUCUUCUCUCUGGUCUGGAAGCUAGGCUAAGCUCACAGUAUCUCCAUUCAUUGAAAGAACUGAAAGAUUUGUUGAAGAUGUUUCAUCGUGGGAACUCCCUCCCUUUGCUACGGAAGCAGUUCAAGAAGCACCUCCUCUUGGUUCACCAGCGCUGCUUUGAGGCUCAAGUCAAGUUGAAUAGGAUCAGGAAUCAGAUUAGAGAAAUCAAUGAGAAUCAAAUUAAUGUUGAUUCAACAUGCGGUACUACUGAUCAGAUCACUGAUUCUGAUCCUAGCAUAGUAAGCAAAGAGAAAGAAGAGGUGAAGGAGUUGUUCAACUAUAACUCAGUCUCUUUAAAGAAAUUAAUAAAAUUCACCAGCUGUAUUACUAAUACGUUGCUCCUCCUUAGCAACAGGCUCCACCCAUCAAUUAGUGACUCUUUAGAUGCAAUGAGAAUGGGUAGAGACGAGUGUAGAGCAUUAUUCCUCUCAGUCUGUCUCAACACUGGUCAGUCUAUACACUCAAGGAUGUGUGCAUUGUUAGUGAAGCUCUGUGGUGCUGAGGAAUGGUGGGGAGACCUGCUAGCUGAACUGUUUCACGAGCUUUUCAAUAGUAACCAACCAUUGACUUUUAACAAGGAAAGGGUUAUACUUCAAUUCUCUGCUUUAUGUCAAUGCACAAUGACUACAAACUUUAGUGUACUAGAGGAGCUCCUCUCUCUACUGACUGAUACUCUAAGACCUCUCGUGUCGCAAGACAAUGAAGAACAAACUGAAGAGUUUGAUUCACAUUGUGUCCAGUGGCUGACGCUCUUGCUAUCUCAUGUCCUCUCUUCUAACGAUGCAAGAAAUAAAGACAGCAAUGUCUUUGUACCUACUCUCCCUCUCCUCCCUCAUGACUUUUCUUCUGAUGACACAAGAAAUAAAGACAGCAAUAUCUUCAGCCUCCCUCUCAUCCCUCCCUCUCCUGUUGUCGAUGCAUAUAGUGAUAUGACAGCUGCUGAAAUAUUCCAUAAAAUUUCGAGGCUUGAAGAAGCUAAGGAUUUACUAGAGACCCUCUUUUCAUUAGUGCCCGAUCCUGACCUUAUUGCUAAAUUGAACUCUCUGAGGUCUCAGGUGAAGAGGAUUGAGAAGACAUUGAACAAGUUUGCCAAAGCAGCCCAGCAGCGUGAGACUGAUCAUGGAGGGAAGGGACCCAAUACCACCUCUCAGACUGAUUCCCAUUCUGGUAGCGUGAGUAUGAAUCUACGGUUAUCUGACAUUGUAUUGAAGACUAGUAGUGAAGGCCUUGUGUGCCUUCUGGUCAGGUACUGUAAGGACAGUGAUUGGGAUAAAGUACCAAUUGUUUGUAAAACACUGACAGCUCUGCUCUGUCAUAUGUCAUGCUCUCUCUCUAUCAGUUUCCACCAACUCAAGACAUUAAUCACCUCCACCUGUCAGAAACCCUCUCUCAUUGAGGACGAGGGAGACGAGAGAGAGGAUGGACGACUCGUUAGUUUCCAGUGGGCGUGUCAUGCAGUCCAGACUCUCGUUGUUGGACUGGUACUAAGAGAGAAGAGGCUGGCGGUCAAUAGAAAGAACCUGAGGUCAAGGAAAGAGAGCUUAAGUGGUGUAGAGAGAAUCCAUUCAUCACUCUCUUGUAUUGAAGUAUCACUAAAUAGCAGCAGUAUAGUCACCACCAGCAGCAGCAAGAAUAAGAUACUUGAUGCUGUUAGUGAAGAAGGCAGUGGAUUAAAGGAAGAAGAUAAAAGUGGAGCUAAUGAUGAAGAGUGUCAAAAAGAGACAAAGAAGGAAGAUGGUGGAGUCACUAAUAAGGAGGACGGUGGGAGUCAGUUUGAUUUAUCAUCAGUAGAUGCAAUAAAUAAUGAUGUUCCCUCAGGAGAGAACAGCAGUGACAGUAGUGAUGAUUCUCAGUUUAUUAAACCUCCACCACCCCCUCCCCCUCUAUCCUCUUCUACCCCUCCGCCUGCGCCAAAAAAGAUUCUUAAAUCCUCCAAAUCCACUACAUCCCUUCAGUCCUCGCUCCAUAAGUCGAUUCACAAGAAACUAUCGAUGCAAGAGAAGCUAGAGAAACAGUCGUCAAUUCCCCUAACGCCAAAGCACAGCAGCAAAGCAAAGAAACCCUCCCCAACUACUUCUCACUCCUCAUACUCGUCUUAUUUAGUAUCAAAUAGUGUUGAUGCUAGGCUUGAAACUAGCACACUCUUUCCAGUUGAGCUUGGGCUUCAGGUUAUGAUGAAAGACUCCUAUCAGUCAUUGCUGGACAGUAUAAAACUAGCCAGGCCUAUUAGUGCCAGCUGGUCUACUGAAACUCUCACUGAGUCAGUUGGUGUGUGUGUGGAUGAAGCAGGAAGCAGCUCAGAGCAUAAGAAAGAGAAACAAAAGACAAGUUUGUCUAAAACAACGGAGAGUGCUGCCAACCUAAAGAACUUGUUUGAUGCCUUUGAGUCCAUUUAUGCCGAGAGUUUCCCAUUCUCAUUUACGUCAAUAGAUGCCACGUCAUUCUUAAAGUUUUGGAAUGACGUGUGUCACUCGCUAGUGAAAAGUAUCAAAAGGAAACUCUUCUCUCAACUACUACCAAGCGAGGAUUGCGGCUUAUUCGCUUCGACUACUCUCUCCCAUCUUUUUCGUCACCUCCUAAUGAUGACUUCGGGUGAUUUCCAAUCUUGUCACAUGACACUGUCGCUUAUUCAUUCUCACUUGAAGGCGUGUCAAUUGGUGAGUGGGAGUGACGUGAGCAGUGCAAAGGUUAAUAUAGAGAAGGAGAGGUUGAAAGAGGUUCUCCUCCACUGCUGUAUGAUGGAGAACAAAGAGAAGGAGUCUUACUCCAGCAAACAAGACGCCGUCUUUAUUAAAUUAUUGACAAGGAUAGCUGGAAUCAAUUUCAUUAGCAAGAAAGGAGGAGAAGGAGGAGCGAAAGAGAGAGGAGGAGAGGGUAAAGGGGAAAAAGGGAUCAACCUUCUCUUGUCAGUUUUAGUUCAAGUCUUGAAGGACAAGUCAGACAUUUCUUCAACUCCCUAUCUCUCUGCACUCAUUUACUGCCUACAGCAAACAGCCACUUUAGAUCUCCUCUUUCCUCCUCCACCAGUUGAAGGAGUCUCCAACCAUGAUGCUACUACAGUGCUAGCCUCUCUCUCUGUCAUCAAAGACUUUAUUAAUAUCAUACUCUCUCAGCUAGUGAAGGCCUCCAGUCCUUCCCAGAGGCCACCCCUGAAGCUCUUUGGGUCCGUGUCAGAGGGAGACAGGAGUAGAAGACACAUGUAUUAUUUCUCUGGCUCCACGUCGUCUCAAGACACUAAAUGGAUCAGUCUUGAUGCUCCUCAAUCUCAAAGCCAGGCAGUUUCUUCCUCAUCGCUGUCGGUUCUACAAGAUCUUAUCAAAUUAUUAAAGAAGCUGCUAGGGCUCUCUUGUGCUAAGCCAUAUCUAUCAACUAUAACAGAGUUCUGUCGUAUUUCUGGUUCCACUAGUGAAGCUGUUUAUGCAACACCAGAUGCACCACUGGUGGACAUUAUCUUAACUGACAGCAAACAAUUGAGAGGUUUGCUCCUCUCCCUGACUGGUUCUUUUACUGCAGACUCAAUGUCUUCUACUUCCGCUUCCUCAUUUUUGGGACUCAUAAAAGAUUUCGUGGAAUUCUUGAGAAACAAUUGCCAGUCCUUGGCUUGUUUUAGAGAGCUGUUCCUUCUAAUAUUGGAAGACAUGAUCAAGGGAGGAGGAGGAGGGAGGGGAGUGGUAGGUGUUAGCAGUUUCAACGAGUCACAGGUACUAGUAAUGCAAUCACUCUGCCAGUUUCUAAAACCUCCCGGGGUAAAGCUGAACAAAAGGGAAGUCGAGGAUCCCGAGACUGCAAGGAAGUCUAAAGAUCAUGGACACAAAAGAAAGGGAAAGGAAGAAAAGGAGAAAGAGAAAAAUGUAGUGGAGGUCAAGAAAGAAGACAAGCGGCAAGACACUGGCGACUUAUCACUAUUCAUCACUCAAGGCGGAGCUAAAGCCGUUCUGAACUGUUUCAUAUUAUCAGCUCAGCUUUGUAAAGCCACGCCCAGUGACCACUCUCUUAAGCACGCUGUCUCUGGUCUAGGUUUACUGGAAGCUCCCAAACCAUACAAGGAAGGAAGCCAUCUUAUUAACUUCUUUCCCAAAGCAACUGUGAAAGCUAGUCCUCAUGGCUGUCCCUCAUUAAAAGACAUCCAGUCAGUGAACCUGAAGGAUCAGACCGGAAAGGGAGCCGCUUUCCAAUACACUUAUCCCAAAGACACCAACUGGCUGACUUUACACGUCAGUCUAACACAGCCCGUACUACUCCACUCUGUACACAUCUACCAACCAGCCAACCUCUCUCAGAGUGGUCCUUCUCAAGUUAAAAUCGAAUUCUCAAGACCCAGUAGCUUAAGCAAGCCCAUACAACUAUCCCCUCCUCUAGGUACUGCUGGCCUGACUGGUAUAAGGAUUGAACUGACGUCUCCUGUCAUCGCUAAUGAAAUAUGGCUACACUUGCGUCGCCCAAAAGUUACUGACUCCCUCUCUCUCUCGAACCUCCUGCUACUGGGGACUGUGUAUGGGAGUAUUGGCACUCCUGGCCUGUUCUCAGCAGAUGAGGAGAGAGAGGAUAAGAAAGAGAAGAAUACCAAGAUCCCAUCUUCUGAUAAUAAUAAAGACACUUCUCACUCAAGUGAGGGCUGGUUGAAUAUAUUGCAUGAAUGGAUACAGUCAGUGCCAGGUGCAAGUGAUUCCAUUAAUUCAGUUGUUUAUAAUGAGAUGCAUCAGUUCUUACCCGUUUGUGUAUCCCUAUUGAACAACAGGUCACUGAGUUCAUUAGCUUUAAAGAAUCUCCAGUCCCUCCUUCUCUCUGUCUCCUCUUCCUAUCAUGAGUUUGGUAAUCAGUUCACUCUCCUUCUCUUCAAAUCCCAGUUUCCCGAAGCCACGCCCUUUACCGUCUCCAAGGUCACCAGUGGUAAUGGGUCUGGCAUUGAUCUUCUCUUAUUGCUAUUGAAAGCUGAAGGAGAGUCUGGACUGACAAGGGUUGUGUCUGUCCUAAAGAUGAUAUCAGAAUUGUUAUCAGACUCCAGUGUGCAGGUGUCUUCAUCCCUGCCUGCUAUGCUGAGGGCUGUUGCUAAUACACUCUGGAACACUCCAGCUGGUUCAGCUUCUCAUUUGAUGGACUUGGGACUAAAUGAGGAAUUAUUUAAGUCAUUAUUGAAUAUCAGUAUAUCCCAGGAGUGUUGCACUUCUCUUAAACUCUCUCUCUCGUCCAUACUAAUGUCAUUAUGCAGACUCCACCCACCCUGGUUCUCUGUUGCCAUGACAAUUGCUGCCUCUCUCCUAGAGGAACUUCCCUCGUCUGAGAGUGGGCGUGUACUGCAGACAUUAGCUGAUUCUUCACUGUCUGAUGAGUGCAUGAAUAUGCUGUUGAGUAGCCAAUUACUCCGUGACAUCAUUUGCAGGUUAACUUCAUCAGUCAAGCAUGUAUUGAUGAAAACAAGUGGAUUGACUAGUACUCCUGCUUCAAAUCUUAAGACUGAAUCACCUCUUGAUCCUGAUGUUGAAUCAUCAAUCAGUGUUGAUCCUAAUACUGAAUCAAUCGGUAUUGAUUCUGACUCUAAAUCAAUCAGUAUUGAUUGUAUUAGAUCAACACUUGUAUCAAUAUGCUCACUGGUUGGUUUCCUGACUGAUCUAGUCUUUGGUCACAAGUUAGCUCAAGAGGCACUGGUAUCAUCCAGUGAUGGUUUCCUCCCUCUACUAAUGAAGCUCUGCAAUGAGCCCUCAGACCUCAUACCACACAAUGAAAUGGAGUUCUUGCAGCACAUCAUGCAACAGUAUCUCUCUGUCUGUUCGAAAUUCUCUGUACUUGGUAAGAAGCAGUUUAUAAAUCUACUACUCAAUUGCCUACAAGGGAAAUAUUCACUAGAGCCAGUCACUGCUUCUGGUGACUUUGGUAGCUCUGUUAGUUUAGAAAUCACACCGUUUAUCAGAACCCUCAUCAUUGAUCACAUACUAGGACCGGAGGCUGUUCAUUUGUUAUUGGAAAUUGAUGAGUGCCUCCUCCCCCAGUCUCUUUCAUCAACCUCUCCUUCCUCUAAUGAUAGGAUCAAGUUAGACUCCAUCACACCUUCUUAUGAUUGCCCCCACUAUCAUCCCUCCUACCCAUUAAACACUAAUUACUAUUAUCUGAAGUUGUCUUCAGAGUACACACUUAAUCGACUCCUCUCCCUCCUCUCUUUAGGGUCAGAGAGACCCAGCAGUAAUGGAGAGAGGGUAGCAGAGGGAGGGACGGGCGGGGGCUCAAAAACCUCAUCAAACCAGACCAAGAAACCUUUUCAGAUCAAUAUAUUUGAUUUCAGUGUCAUAGCUCAGCCUGAUGCAACUAGCUCAAAAGUCAGCAUCGCCUUUAAGAGCGAGGCAGGCAAAGAGAUGUACCCAAUAGGCACUAGAAUAAGACAAGUCCCUCCGUCUCUUUUGUAUGGUUGCUCACACUCUAGAGCUCUGAGAGUCAGUAGAGCGGAGACCUCUUCUCUCGUCGCUGAUUUCAAUGAGUCUGAGUCUUUCCUUAAAGUGUUUGCUGAGUCAGGCGGUGUCUUUAUUUUAUCACAGCUGUUCCCUUUCCUUCACCCUGGACUCUGGAAGGGUUGUCCUACCUCCUUUGAAUCAGUUGUAAAUGCUUGUGUAUCCCGAUUACCUUCUUAUAGUCCAGCCUCCUUCCUCCUGCCUCAUUCCUAUGUUGCUCUUGGUCUGGGAAUGAGAUUAAGGGAGUAUGGAGAGAUAUUGGGUAGGACAGAACUUCGAACUUACGUGUGGUAUUUGCUGAGAGGAGUCCUUGGAGCUACUGAAGAAAUUGAGAAGCAGUUACCGCCAUCAUUGCUAGAUCUUCUCUCAUUCCUCCCGUUUCUCUAUCUCUUUCACAUUGUCCGCUCCUCCUCCUCCUCUUCGGAGAGGCUCAGAUUAAGAGCUGAGAUGUACCGGAUUGGAAUCAUACACCACAUACUCUCCUGCCUUUCUGGAGCAACCCAGCAUAAACCAAGAUCUGGUGGCAAUAACAACAGAGAGAAAACUGAUGCAGCUAACAAAUUAGAAUCAUCAAAAAAUGUAAAGACUGUUACAUCAAAAGAUAAAGAGUACUGGGCAAAAGGAACUGGUUUUGGUACAGGCUCUACUUCCUCUGCUUGGGACAUCAGUGCAAUGCUACAGGAGAACCAGUCAAACGAGUUAUUGUCGUCGCUUUGUCUGGCCAUAUUAGGAGAAUGGUUGAAUAUAAGAGAAGAGAAUGAAGAGAAGAAUCAAGUGAUGGAGGAGGAAGAGAAAAAAGAAAGUGAAGAAGGUUCUGAAUCAGAAGAAAAAGGGAGUGAUAAGGAUGCUACUGAUGCAGUCAAUAAUGAUCCUAUCUGCAUUACUUCAGAUACUGGGACUAUCACCAGUAGCAGGACUAGUAAUGAUGACAUGGAUCCAGCUCUUGGUAGUGGUGGUGAAGGGGCUCAAAAUGAGAUUACAGAAGACUCGAAUGAAGAUCUAGAAUUUAUGACGUCUGAGGGAAUUGAAACAGAGUCCCUUUCAAGUAUCUACUUGUAUACAGAGGAUGUCAUAAAGACCUUAUCUGUCUCUUGUCUGAUACCAGCACUAGCUCAUUACUUGAGCAAUGACUCCAUUCUUGACAUAUCUAAUCACACUCAAGUCUACAAGUCAGUAUUGCUAUUGUUGUUAUCAAUGGCACGUAACCAGUCCUGUCAUCACCUCCUUUUCUUGAAAAUAAAUCUUCAAUCUGACGAUGAUGAUGAUCAGUUUGACAAGUCGAGGGCUAUUAAGAGCCGGAGGAAUUUAGCUAAUCUUGUUCAGCGAUUGAACGGGAUUGCUCAAACCUAUCUCAAGACAUUGAAUAUUCCAAAGAAAAGUCCUGAAAGUGUUAGAACUCCAAGAAAACAGGACUCCUCAUCUACGACAAAUGCUAAUGAUCCACUUGUUUCUGACAGCAAUCCUCCUCCAUCAACCUCAAAAGCCUCACUGCCACAUCCUCCUCCUAAACCAAAGGGGCAGGUCGAACUACCCGAAAUCAUUUCCCUGAUAGUGAAAUGUAGCAAAGAGAUUGAGUCUAUUGCCAGCGAUAGAGAAGAAGAGGAGAAAGAAAUAAAGAGAGUGGACUCAGCAGAUAGUAAAAAUGAAGACUAUAUCGAAGCAAUGAGACCAUUACAGUUUGAUACCUAUCAGAUAACAGAAUAUGAUCCAAAUGACGAGUCCAAGUUAAUAUUCGCUGUCCCUUAUCAUUACUCUAAUCAGAUACUCAACAAUAUGUCAAACAUUGCUCCCUCCAGAGCAAGGCGGCUUGCUCAAGAGGUAGCAUCCCUCAGUACAUCAUUACCUCUAUCACUAUCCUCCACUGUCUUCCUCUGUUGUGAUGAAGAGAGGCUAGAUGUAAUGAAGGUCCUUAUUACAGGUCCAUCGGACACACCUUAUGCUAAUGGAUGCUUUUUAUUUGAUGUUUACUUUCCUCCAGAGUAUCCCUCUGUCCCUAUGUCCAUUAAUUUGUGCACGACUGGUCAAGGCUCUGUUAGAUUUAAUCCUAACCUGUACAAUGAUGGAAAGGUUUGUCUGAGCGUUCUUAAUACAUGGCACGGUAGGCCAGAGGAGAAGUGGAAUCCAACCACAUCAAGCUUUCUGCAAGUUCUAGUCUCCAUCCAGUCACUGAUACUGGUCCCUGAGCCUUUCUUCAAUGAGCCAGGCUAUGAGCAGCAUAGAGGGACACCUUAUGGCGACUCCAAGUCACUUAUUUAUAAUGCUGAUAUCUUUGUGGCCACGAUUCAAUGGGCCAUGAUUGAUAACUUGAGACAGCCAUCACCUUGCUUUAAGCAGAUCAUCUUGAAGCACUUUUAUUAUCGCAAGGAAGAGAUACUCCAGCAGUGUAACAAAUGGAGGACUGAACUGGUAGAGGGAACCAUUAGGCUCUCACUAGCACGUAGCAAUGGAGGGGCACUACGUAGGCACUGCAAGGACCUUGUGAAACAAAUUGAUAUCCUUAAAGUUGAACUUGAUACGAUUAAUCCAUCUGAUUUCGAUGUCUAGGCAUAUGAGUGUGAAUGAUAGCUAGAUUAUUAUUAUUAUUAUUAUUAUUAUUAUUAUUAUUAUUAUUAUUAUUAAUUAUUAUUCAGUUAUACAGUU